UCAAAGAUCAGCCACCUAAUGCUGUUUUGGAGGAGGAUACUUAACAUCUCAGUUUUCUGCACAGUCUUUAGUCAUGAUAUUCAUAACAGUGUGGUGCUGAUGUGCCAAAACAUUGAGUUCAAUGUAACAAGGCGGUUCACGUCCCUUAUUUCAGUACAUGCAUGUAAACCAGAACUAUGAGUACAACUACAGCAAUCUGACUUUAAGCUCAUCACAUUACAACUUGACAAACUUACUUUAUUUCUUGUUGUAAAAUGACUUUCUCACAACUUCAUUCUUGUAAACAUUGUUUUCUUUAAAGUUGCCCCAAAACUGUAUUUAUUAAUCCAUCGAUUUUGGAAGAUCUGCUUAACAGAAAAAAAACAAAAAAAACAAAAGUGAUAAUCAUGGUGUUUUUCUCAGUGUGCUCCAGGUCUGCUCUAUUAAUUCACAUAGUAAUACCACACCUGUGAUACACAUCAAAGACUAUCUAAAAUAUCUCUGACAACACACUAGCUUUCUUACAGUAAAGCCAAAUCUGUUAGCGCUCCCCCUGCUGACUGGCUGCAGUAUGGGUCUAAAAGCCCUCCUUUUUCAUUCAGCUUUUGCAACAUCGGUCAAACUCAAGUCAUGUUAAAUAAAAUUGUCACAUGAAGUAAGUUCGUCUCAUGUUGAUGUAAGUGCAAGUCUUCAUUUAUCACAGAAGUUGUUUUUUAAUUAAUUUGACAUUAAAUUUACAGUGUUCAGUAUUUCGCAGAAUUUAGCGGAUAUUUUUUUAUAUUCUUAGGUAAGAUCCUCAAACUAAGGUGGGGACCACAGUCAGAACUGUUCUGACUUUGCUGUAGCAUAUGAGAUUUAUUGUUGAGGCAAUGUUUGCAGUAAAAUUAGCGUUUACCUCAAACAGUCAAAGAACAGCCUCACAGAGCAGCUAGCUAGCAUAGCCAUAAGCUGUGAAUCUUACCACUCCUUAUUGCUGCUUUAAAUCAUCCAAAUGUUACACAACAUGUCAGUAAAAUCUGUUUUUUUUUUUAAUUUUUUUUUAUUAUUCACUGUAUUUGUUAGUUGCCUAAAUAUGAUUUUAAUUCUUUUGACUGCCACUGUGCAACAAAUUCACUAAACAUUUACCAGAAUCUAAUUAUGCGUCUGGACUGGAAAGUUUUGUUUGGAUUUUGCUACACACACACACACACACAGUAGGAUCAAUUACCUUUCUUGUACUUUCAUUGCUGUGUUUGGUUUGGUAUGUGCCGCUGCCCUCUGAUUCAUAGACAAGAUAAAUAAAAACCAGGCUUUUUCAUUUUUGUGGCUGACUGGGGAAAGUUGCAGCCAUGAUCCUGAACAAAGGUAAUAACAGGUAACUGCCAAAAUAAAGCAACAUUAAUUUCUUCAAUGUGGUGUUGGAGCACAAUGAGUGCCUUCACUGUGCUUUGGCGUGGAUUCUAUGAGUUACACAAAGGCAUUACCCUGAUAUAUUCCUCUGAAAAUCUAUACCCUCUGUGUUUAUUUGUAAUUGUUGGGCAUGUUGUUUCUAUUUCAGCACCAAGAGGCUGAUCUGAGUUGAGAAGUGAUGACAGCUGCAGCCACAUUGAAUGAAAAUCAUUGUUUUCAUUUUCAUCCAGGCUUUCAAUGACCACUCAUAAUCUGACGAACCCCCCCCCCCCAUCCCAUCAAGGCAGAAAAGCUUCACCACAAAGUGAUAAAGGCAGUCAGUCAGAGAUGUGUUAUAUAUUUUGGCAUUUGCGUUUUCCGCUGAGACUUUCACUCUUGAUGAACCAAGGAAUUUUCCUCUUUAAUAAAAAAAGACUGAAGCCAGAAGAUUUCAGCCUGUCUGGUGAAAUUAAAGAAAUUAUUUAAGAAAAACUGCAGGAUGAGGAUGUGCAACAAUAAGUAACAUUAACUCUUGAAGAACUUGCAGCUUGGCUUAGUAAAGGCCUGAAACCAAAGGAGUGACUUGACUGACAUCAGUUAAAUGUUGUUAUUACCUGGCUUUUCAUCUUAUCAGCUGGCUGUGUGAAAUACUUGAAUCUUAUUGGUUAAAGUCUCUUGAUAACAGUUUCCUGACUACACAUUUGUCUCAUAUAUCAAAGCUGUUUUAUCAAAGUGUUGUUGAUACCUUUUCCUGUUGACAGUUUCUUUAUGUUAGCAUACGUUAGUGUUGCUUGAUACAUUGGGGAACAUUUUUAUAAUUACUCUAUGAUUAUUUUAAGGAUAAAAUAUUUUGGAUUGAUGGUUAAAGGCUGACCAGAGAAAAUGAAGAAGUGGGGAAACUGUAGAAAUUAGCAACCAAUAUUGGGGAGGUGAGUGAAAGAGAUUUUGACCAAAUUGAAGAAAACAGAUGUGAGGCAACCACAAACUACAGCAAGGUAUGGGCCUAUUUGUAUUUUUCUUCUAUUUCUUUAAGAGUAGUAUUUGAAAAAAAAUUGAACAUGAAUGAAUUUUUUUAAUGUGAAAUCAACUCUGGGCAAAUACUGGCUAGCUACUCAGCUAACAUUGUUUAGUUUGAUGACCAUGCUAUCAUCCUCUCAAUGUUUACUCUAACUCUAGUUUACUCUUAUCUUAAGUUACACUUAUGAGGUAAAUUUUUCAAGAUUUCCAGUUUUUAAAGUUGGGGGUCUGGUUAUUGGAUGACACUUAUGGUUAUUGCAACAUGAUUCGCAUCGCCCACUUCACAUCAUUUGUGCCAACAGAGUAGUAUGAGUGUCUAAUCGCAUCUUUGCAUUGACUUCACAUGUAAUUCAUUUGUGUGAAUGAUUUUACUCGCACUUGGUGUGAACGCCCCUUUAGGCCAGUUUCAGUCCAACUGAGCCAUAUGCAUGGAAGAGAAAAUGCAUAACCACAUUAUGUGGGUAUGUUGGCCCAACUUAGAGUGGUUUGCUCUUGUGCAUGUUAAAGUCAAAUGAACAUGUUUAUAUGUGUUUCAAAAGUCCUGUUUUCUAGACAGUAUUUAAUCGUAUUAAAGCAGGAAAGGUAUAUCAUCCAGUUUACCUUAACUCUAAUGAGGAAGAUAAAUGAUCAACGGUUUAAUUCCGAAACACCCAACUGUUACUUCAAGAAACAGUCAGUCUGACAAACUGAGAUACCUGAAAUGGUAAACAAGGGACAAACAUUGUUGGAAUCUGUUAAAUGUUUCUUUCCUUUAAAAGACUUCCAAAUUCAUCAUAUCAAUCUGCAUGUGCAUUAGUAUGUGCUCUGUAUUCUUGUUCUUUAUCAUCUGAAUUGUAGUGUAUUUGCAGGAGCAGAAAUCUGUUCCUAAUCCAUGUUUUUGAAUGAGCGUGGUUGUGCAGUUGCAUCUCAGCCAAGUACUCCAAAUAGACCUUUUCUAAAUAUUACUCCAAACAAAAUGCUGCCUACAGCAGACUGGAAUCAUUAUUUCAUUUUUUUUUUUUUAGAAACAGAGCUCAUAUUUGAGGUCUCUUAACUUCCAUUAUUUAUCCACAAGUAAAAUAUUUCUAAAGGCCCAACUUUUAAGAGUUUGGUGACUAACCUUUAUCCAAACUCGGAGCUCCAGUCUUGUGAUUUCCUUUUUUUUUUUGACAUAAUGAAGUCAAAUUUGGAGAGACUUAAUGUUUGCCUUUAGAUCCUUUUAAUGAAAUUAAAGUGCCUUUGUGAUGGCCGCACACACGCUUUCAGUAAAACUUGAUAUAUAUGUUUUUGUUUAUCAUUUUCUUGUCAGUGAUAGUCUUGUCUGCUGUUGUAUGUCAUAAAAAAGCAUCGAAUUGAAUUCUUGCAAAUUGCCUGAGCACCAAAAAAAGGCCUUACAGGAGCUUAAAAGUGAUGCACUGAUGAACAAGAUAUACACCAUUGUUAAGAGAAGAAACUCAGCCUUGUGUGUACCACAGUGGCUUUACAGUUUAACCUUUGCCAACAGAUUUAAUAGACAAGCACUUCUUUAUUUUUUCAUGUCGUUCUGGUUCUGGGAGCACAAAACCGAAAGCAUCAGGCUCACUUUCUCAGAAGAGACAAUGGAAAUCUUUUCAUCCCUGUUUUUCUUGUUCAUGCCUGUUUCAUAUUCACUUUGCUAUUGAGAGGUCAUGAAAGUCAAGAUCAAGAGGAAGACUGCAUAAAAUAGUUUUAUGAUUAUGCUGUGAUAUACUCUACCUGUUCAUCAGUAUAUAGAAAAUGGGUGUACUACAAGGAUUUGGGGCUGCUGCGAUUCCUGCUGAUCUUCUGGCAGAAAAUGCAAAAAAAGGAUAAAGAUAAGAGGGUGGCUGGUCAUAUAACCUUGGUUAAUUCUGAAGCAUUUUUUGCAGCACCAUUUCAACCAAACUCAUGGGUUAAUUUGUUUGAGUUCAUAUUACAUGUAGACAUAACACUCCAGCCCUGAACUGUGUGUUGCAUAUGGUCUGAAUCAAAGUUUCUGUUAAGUUGUUAACGACUAUUUGUCUUCAGCUUUUGCUCUGAAGUUUGGAAGAUUUGAAUGUGAGAGCUGAGUCAUUUUGGAGAAGGGAAAAAUACAAGUCCAACUGAAUUAAAACUAAAAAUAGCCUACCAAGUUUGGUUAACUUUCUCUAAAGCCAAGUAGUUGAUUGGAAACACAUUUACCUGCAAAUACUUCUCAGUUUCUGUAGCGUCCCCUGAAGCUGUCAGGUAAUGUUUUGCAGUUCAGUGUAUUCACCUCUCUUCCUCUGUUCCUCAUACUCACCUUAAAUGUAGUAAGGAAAGCUGUCACACCUUGAUGAAGCCUUAUUGUUCACACUGUGAGUUUCUGUUGAAGGGGUGUCCGUGCUGGCUCUUGAGCUUUAGGGUCUUACAAUGAAACAGGAAGUCCUUAUGAAUUCUUCAUACAACAUCCUUUCUGUCUGGAAUGUCAUCAUACAUCUAAUCGAGGUCCACCUUUCAUAGUCAUAGUGCCACCUUUUGGAAAUACAUAGGGACAACUGUUGUAUGAUGUGGCUGCUCCAAAGAUAAUAAAAAAAAAAAAUAGUGACAUUGCCUGCAUCAACAUGUCAACAUAUAUUCUUUGGAUAAACGUCAAUAAUUGUUUUUUAAUCAGUUGUCACUCUUAACUGCUUGUCUAAAGCACUGUCAUGAAUCAAAGUUAUAGCCCCACAUACUGGUUAGAGGAAAGACUACAAUGUUCACCACCAUGCCACCAACUAGAGACAAGCUUUACUUUGUUGAAGUCACAUAAUAUUUAACUUGAAUGCCCUGUCAUGAACCCUAAUCCACAGAGGAGAGCAUGGUCAUAGUCAGAACACACCUCUUAAACCGAGAACACUACCGCCAGGUGAUUUUCACCUGACCAAACAUGUUUACGUGAUUUUCAUUAUGUUGCGUUUGUCUGAGUAUCAUGGGUCCCUGGGUAGCUUCAGCAUUGCCUUUGAUAUCUUUGAAGGCAUAUUUGUUAACCUGAUUGAAAACCUGCUUUUUUCCUACAUGCAUGUGUUUGGGUGAUUUUCAUCUGGCAAUAGUGAUAACAGGGUAAGUAGGUUUGGGUGGAUUUGAAAGCUACAUGUAGGUGAAUAAGGUCAUAAAGAGUGGUCCUGGAACUAACAUGCUAUCUGUAUUUAGCGCAGUGGUUAUGAAUAACUAUCACAAAGUCAUGAUAUUCAAGGGAAUUUAUAUGGUGAUCAUCAAUAUUUUAGUCAGCUGGUCAUUUUUACACACUCAAAAUAUGCCAUAUUUUGGUUCUCUCUCCUGCAGCUGUUAUUGUGCCAAGGAUGGAGAUGGAUGGACACUUUUUGACACCGGAUGGCGCUAUGGCGCACCAGGCACCAGGAUUUCAUUAUAUUCCGUGUUGUCCAGCAGACGUCGCUAAAUCUCCAGCUCUCUGAGCCCAAAUCAAUCCCACAAUCCUCUCACACCGGCGGUGUAUUCAUUUGAAUGGUCCAACUGUGAAACGCUAACAGAGAGUCGCUGCUGUUGAGUUUAACCAGUUUUUCACGUUUGGGAUUGACACAACUGUGGCGACCUUAGGAGACUCCCCAAAAUGAAUCGGUUUGUAUUGAACACAAGAGUUACAGAAAUUAAAAAAGCAACUCAUGAGACGAAGUCCUGUCUGUGGAGCCAUAUGUUCCCUUAGUUGCAGAGCUAACGAGCUAGCCUGUUAGCUUACAGUAGCGGCCCGGAUAGUGAGUUUGAACGUCUCCGUGUAUCCGUGAUAGUUGAGCUAACAGGAAAGCUGGCGGUAGAUUAACGCUUUGUGGAGGCAUUAGCUGACUUUUAACUCUUGGAUGCAGGUUAUGUCACUUAUAGCAAACACGGUAAAUGUUGUGGCUGUUUUUCAAUCCUUGUUGAUUAAGAUCUAUGACUUCUGGGGCUCUCACCUAACUCGGCUAAUGCUCGUACGAUGGAGCAAAAGCCAACGCCUGUCAGCUCCAAUGUAGCGUUUUUGUUUUGUUUUUCUAAUUUGAAUAUUUCUUUUUUUUCUGUCUUUAAAUACCACAUAGCUGCACCCUAGAGCGCACGCUUCAGCUUAUGUAACAUGCCAACCUGUAGCUUUGCUGAAAGGCCACGGUACUUCUUGAAACUACCUAAACUUGGAUAUUAAUCCUGCUGCAUGCACAAUUGUUUGUCCAACAGGGUUCCUUAUUGUGGCAGCUGGAAAGUCUGAACUGGGAAGCAUGUCCGACUAUGGGAAGUCUUUGAGUUUACCCAGUAUCAGUCCAAUGGCUUUCUGCAGUCCUGCCUGCAUCUGUGUGCUGCAAAGAACAUGAAGCAGGUAUGACAGCAAAUACCAGGGCUUAUUGUGUAAAUAAAAGGGCAUUUGUGUGUUAAACUGUGGUGACUGUCAACUGCAGUUCAGUGGUAUUGUAGCUGUAGACAUUGUAGUAGUGGCCUCAUCCCCUAUCCUUUUGUUUUAGGUGGAUAUUGUAAAUAAGGAAGAAUUAGAUAAAGAAAGGUGAGUCUUUGAUCCACAUCUGUGGGUUUGAUUUUAAUUUUAAUCAAUCACUCACUCUCUGUGUCCCACAGAUCAUCCCACUAAGUCACUGGAUCAUUAAGGCACCUCUCCAUAACCAUUGUCAUUUUGUCUGUGGCUUUGAAUUUUGUGGUUUUUCAUCUUACCCAAGAGUUUUGCAUUUAGUCCACUUUUUCAUUUGGCAGAUUUCAAGUUCAUUACGGCCCAUCGCAAAGCCCAGCAAAAGGAAAGCGAUUGUCAUCGUCCAAGAGGAAGGGGUGUCCAGUGGUGGAGGUGGGCUUGAAGCUGCGCCGCAAAACAUCAGAUGUAGGCUGUGCCCGUAAACGCGGCAUGGCCAACAAAGAAAAUGAGCUGACGUGCUCCGAUGACGUGCGGGGCAUGCACUACAAUGACAACUGCGGGCUCCCUGUGAACUCUGCAGAGGCCUCCAAAAUGGCAGGGGCCAGCUCCAAGUACAGCGACUUUACUGAGGUCAGAGUCGAUAUAAAAAAAACCUGCUCUGCUGUGGUAAAAUGUUACUUCUAGGGAAAAACUUUCAGACUGAUUUCUGUUUGUGCUUUGCAGCUGACAAAAGACCACGAAGCUAUGACUCACGUCCUUUUUGGAAGGAAUCUAAGACUUAAAGUGGCUCAAACACUAUGGCGAAGAAACGCCAGUGAGUUAGUGGCCUACCUAAUAAGGUAUAAAUCCUAAACCUAAUACUUGGAUAGUCUGAAUCCAGUGUUCAGCUUUGUGAGAUGUUUUAUCUCUUUGCUUCCUCAGAAUUCAAGACACAGGGGUGCUGCUUGACUGCUUACCUGUCCUAACAAACAAGUAAGUGUCUUCCAUCUGCUUCUGAAUAAGAAAUAGAUUCACAUGCCAACACCUCAAAACUUGUACCUGUCGAAUUCAGAUCAACACAAAGCAGGGUUAAACAGCAAUUCUUUUCCUUCCAAGAGCAUAAUCCACCAAAUGUUUCCUCCACAAAGUGAUCAGUUACUCCCAGAGUGGUCAUGAAAGUGAUUGCUAGUUGUGUAAAUAAAUGUAGGCUUUCAGUUGUUUUGGCUCUGAAAUAUUAAAACAACUUGUGCUCUCAUUUGACUAAAUUAAAUAAACUCAGUUCACUUAAUCUAAAUGGUAUGAAAUUAUUGGCCUGUUUCUUCUCUAUUUUUCCUCUUUUUCUCACAUCAAAGAUUGGCAAACUUAUUUGGGUGGCUUGUUUACUUGUUUUUCACCAGCCUUCAGACUGAAGCACCAUGUUUGUCACUUGGCUGCUGCGUCGACCUCAUGCCCCAAGUGAAAGUGAUUCUUGCCAGUAAAUAUGAACAGUAAGUGACUCUGGAAUCAUUUGUUAUUUAGGCUUUGAUGCUGAAAUUUUCAUCUUUGCAGUUGGAGUUAUGAUGUGAUAAACUCAUUUACCGUGUCGUGUCUUCUUUUGCAGACACAUCAUGGUGGGGUUACACUGGGUUCAGUCCAUCAUAAAGAAAUGGUGGCCAGAACUUUCCAAGAAUGAGAAAAGACUGCAGGACAGUUGUUCAGAGGACAGGUGGGAUUUGAUCAUCCAUAUGUGGCAGUUGAUAAUAUUUGCUGUAUUUGAUAGAGUGUAGUUCCAUAGCUCUGGGGUAAUACAGAUUGAUAAUCAAAUGAGGAAGAAAAUGACAUAUGUUCAAUUUACAAUGUACUCCUUUUAAGAAUGUUUUUAUUUUUAUUUUUUAUAAGCAGUCUGAACAACCUUUUGUAAAUAUUCAAACAUACUCACAUUCCCAUUAUUCCCCAACCUCUCCUGACAACCCAACAAGCUAACUAGAUUAAAAAUAUAAUGAAAUAUGUGAGAGCUAAAUAAAAACCUUGUUGUAAAUGAGAAAAAAUGGAGCUAUAAAAGUCACCGUGAUUGGUUUUUGACUUGUUAUGAAGCCGUCUGAAAAAGACCGUGUUGGUUUUUUUUAGACCUACAGAGGUAAACAAGGCCAUUAAUGACAGAAAUGACACCUAUUAUGAAGAUAUUUUUAAUGCAUGAAACUUAUGAGAAGCAGGACAAUUUACAGCACUCUAAGAAACAGCCUUAUUCAAACUUUUCUGAAGCAAUUUACAAAUUUCUCUAGUAUAAUUGAUCAUUUUUCAGAAAAUACUGCUCCCUGUCCAAUCUGCUUUAUUUAUAUUGCACAUUUAAAAAAAACAUUCAAGUUUACCAAAGUGCUGCACAGUGCUUCCACAUUUGCAGGACAAAACUACUGAAGGUGUACGAGGUUCCCCUGGUUUGUUCAUAGGUGGCGCAAAAACUGACAAACAGAAAGUUCCUCACAGGAGCUUUAAUUGUCAAAACAGUCAAAAAAAAAAGUGCAAUGAACAAAGAGUGAACAAAUUAAAUAUCUAAAACAUAAAGCAAACAUGUUUAAAGAAAAAAAGGUCAUGUCUACUGGAGGUAAAACUACACACACCUAUAUACAUAUUCAGGACAUACACUACAGGCCAAAAGUUUGGGAGCAAGAUCAGAUUUGUACAAAAAUAGAUCAUAGUUUCAUAUACGUAAUUUGCAACACAAUAAACAUGACUAUUGUGUAAAGAGUAACUUAUCAGCAGACAUUUUGACUAUAAGUAUUAGGUAUUUGAGUUGUUGUUGCUUAGACUUUGCUUUCUUUAAAGUAACCUCCUCUGGCUUUAACAACAGCUUGGCAUAUACCAAGCAUUCGUUCCACAAGUUUUUUAAGUUAUGUUCCAGGGAUUUCAUUCCAAGCUUUCUUAAGUUCACUAAAAAGAGACUGCUGAUUCCUGGGACGCGUUUUUCUGACCAAUCGCUCCAAUUCAUCUCGCACAAGCUCAAUUGGAGAAAGGUCUGGAGACUGAAGGGGCCAAACCAUUUUGAAUAACACCUUCCUCUUCUCUUUUACUUAUCUAGUUCUUUACAUGCCUAAUUUGUGUGUUUGUACAAGAAAAGCUUAUCAUUCUGACUUUUCACAUUUAAAUGUAUUAUUAUUGUGAAAAAUCUAAAAAACAAAACAAAAAAACAUGGCUGUUUCUUUUUGAAACCUACCCUCUCACAUUAGCUUCAGGCAUUUAAAAACUACAAUUAAAAAACACCAAUCUUGGCCCCUGCUGGUCUUGUUUGCAUUUGUAAAUGAUAGAUGGUCAUAAACAUAAAAUUUUAAAUCUUUUCCAUAAAUGUUAGAAAACUCCUCACAGGAGCUUUAAAGUGAGAGGGUGUGUGGGAGAUAUUAAUACACUGCUUGUUCAUUUCAGGAACAUAGAAGUCAUGAAGCAGAGGCUAAAAGACCUGUGGAAGGAAGGAGCCCGCUUAUGUUUGGUUCCGGGAUCUACAGGAGAACUGGCAAAGGUGAAACAGCUGCUCUUAUUAGAGGGAUUAUCAGGGAUUUGAUUUCUUGAUGCUGUUGCUGUAAAAGAUUUGUCAGGACUUGAAAAGUUACAGAUAAUAGUUUUCAAAUGGAAUUAAUCAGUACCUCACUGUGUGGAUUAGUCAAAUCUUCAGUCGGGCUUUGUCUGAGGCACUCAAGUGAAGGUUUCAUGAGGUGAACCCUUCAUGAAACCCUUCAAAGGUCAACUCUUUACAGCUGAAAUUUUUACAAAAGUUUUGAUCUCCUUUUAAAAAGUUUUAGAUUAAUUUUGUGCCACAAAAAUAUUUGUAACAGAACUGUUUGACUUGAUAGUGCAGGUACUUCUGUUUGUUUCCACCCUGUGUUGAUUUUAGUUGGACAAAGCCAACCACUCCCUUCCUAAAGAAAAAAAAGCUUCAGGUCCAGGGUACUCUUAUGAGCAGCAGACACAUUGCAUCCUGUUACAAAGUCAACAAUCAUCCAAGUAAAACAGAGCUCUUAAAAGACAAAUUAAUGCUCUCUAUAUUGAGUUUUUAAAAAGUGAUACAGCAUUUUGUUUAUAAUAGUGAGGCUGAAAAGGUAGUUUGAGUUGUGACUUUCAAAAUGUUAAACAAAGACUGUUUCAAUGUGUACGCACUGUGAAAAUAACUAAUGGGUUAUCUCUUGUUCAUGUUGCAGACCAUUGAGGCUUAUCUGUCACAGCUGCCCUAACAGUUGUCAGCACAGCGCUCCGAGGAUGCGACCACUACUGCCAGAUCAUGGCUGUGUUUUAAACUGAUAAUGAUUCCACAGAGAAGGACUGGUUCGUUUUUCUUCUUUUCUUUUUUUUUUGCCACCCGAGCCUCUUACUGGGACUGAACAAGAAAAUUCAGACAAUCCCUUCGGUUGGAGCUGGAGACGCUUCAAGGAAGGCCAGGAGAACCUUUCUGCGAAAAAUAAUAAAGAACAGAAAACAAACACAGCAAAUGACUGCUUCACAUUGAAGUGGACCGUCUUGUAAAGGGGCUUUAUUACUGGACCUCCAUGAGACGGGGUGUUACGUCGCUCUAUGAAGUGCCAAGCUCUUUGUCUCUUACUACAUCACUCUUUGCCAUUGAAUGCAAAUGCACUUGUUGUUAUGAAUGCUCCGAUGUCUUGAUGUUUUUUGCACCUGGGUCCCCUGGAAUCAGGAACUUGAAUCUGCAGCAGUCUUAAGUUAUUAGCUCCCCUCUUGUUUCAUUUUGCCUCUCAUUAUGACGUUUGACUGUGUAAUGUUAAGUGUAAAAACAAGUGAUUCUUUUAAAUCUUUUAAAUAAAUUUGAUAAAAAUCAAA